AUGGCCCAGUCGCGCUCUCAAUGGCGCUCCUCCUUUUCCAACCCCUCUCCACUUGACAGCCCACUGACAGUGCUGGAUUUAUGCACAAAUUUAUCAGCUCCCGCCUGCAAUACACAACUACCUAACCCUCCCCCCCAAACCAUCGGUGAACGAAACUGCGGCAGCUACAACCACUGUACGACGAGUACGCGGUUAUUACAACUGACAGUGAUGAUGAUGAAAUGGCUGUUUGUAUUCCCACCAGUGUCAGUUCCUUUUGGGAUGGACUGUCGGGCUGUUGACAGUCGAAUCACAGUGCAGCUUAGAUCUUCUAAGGCAGCCACAUUUACUGCGGUGAAAUCGACAGCCACAUGCUGUGCAGAUGAGCUGGCGACAAUGACAGCUGCGUAUGGGCUCAUCCCACUGGCAUUUUGCCGCCAUAGUCAUAUGGUCCAUGCGUGGGAGAACUCACAGGUGCAAGAGAAUCUGAUGGCUUGUGUAACGGAUGCUCAGGAAUUUCAGCUAUCUGCUCCCUAUUAUGAAGCUCAGUUUUACCCCAAAGGUGAUAUGGUGAAGCGACCGCACUUCCUUUUUCUCUGGUAUCCGCCAUACCAAAGUAUGAAAUUCAUUACCAGAAAGCUCAGCUGUGCUGAUUAUUGUCGUCUCCUUGGGUAUGGACCCCGAGACUGGACACAUCAAUGGCUAGAGACACAGUCAAACGUGGCGCAGUCGCAUUCUCGGUGGUGCUGGUGCAUACAAGCUAUUUUCUUCAAUGCAUGGCUCUUCUUCCAGUCUUCCUAA